AUGGCCGCGGACAACAUCCCCGACCCUGCCAAGGACUCCGCGAGUGCGCCCUCCUCCCAGGUGAAUGGCACAACCGGGGAGGAAGCUGCGCCAGCAGAGUCAGGCAAAGAAGAUCCUUCUUCCAAGGCAGGGCCUUCUGCCAAAGAGGAGCCCUCCGCAGAGGAGCAGCCUUCUUCUAUGCCUGAGGCAUCGCCUCCUGGCGCAGAAGGGCAGUCUGGCAAGGAAGAGCCUUCUUCCAGGCCAGAGCAUUCUGCCAAAGAAGAGAUCUCUGGCAAGGAGGAGCCUGCGGCGAGGCAGGCGCCUUCUGCUUCGGCCAUAGCAGAAAUGUCUGGCAAGGAGGAGCCCGCAACCAAGCAGGCACCUUCUGCAAACGAUGAGUCCUCUGCCAGGGAGAAUGUCGCUGCCAAGGAGGGCUCGCCUGUAAGGGCUGAGAAUGAGGUGAAUGGCAAGCUGCAGCCGGAGCCUCCUACAGCCGAGGCUUCCUCCGUGGACAAGGCGGGCAGCGCGGAAGCAGAGGGGCCCCCUGUGGAUGAGGCAGCCCCGGACGCUGCGCCUGCUGAGGCACAGCCCGCGAAGUGGAUCUGCCCCAAGUGUGAAGAGCCAAACAAGGCCACGAGAGACGUGUGCAACAACUGCAACGCGUCGAAACCCAGCGCCGACGCGGCGCCCGCGCCCGCAAAGUGCAAGGUGGCCAAGGCCGCACCACCUCCUUUGGCACGCUGGGUUUGCCCCCGCUGCGACGAGCCCAACAAGGGAGAGCGGACGGUGUGCAACAGCUGCCAAGCACCCAAGCCAAAAGACAAAUGGGUUUGCCCUCGCUGCGACGAGCCUAAUAAAGAUGAGCGCGACGAGUGCAACAAUUGCGGCUGGAUCAAGAGAAGCAAAUCUGUGAUCUCACUUGGGGACUCCUCUGACGAGGGAAAGAAAAAGGCCAAAGCUGCAGCCAAGCCAGCAGCCGCCAAGCCUGCGGCCGCCAAGCCUGCGGCGGCACCCACGGCGGCCUCCAAUGCAACAGGUGCGGCUUCCAAGCGCAGCAGCUCAUCGAGCUCAUCAAGCAGCUCUUCGAGCAGCAGUUCCUCUGCGGAGAAGUUCAUCGGCAGUGCAGCCGAGCGAAAGCUGCACCCUUUCGAGCGCCGCAGCCCCUCGGACUACCGAAGGCCGUUCGCCCGACGCCGCCCACGCAGCCCCCGGAUGGGGAUGGGCACCGACGUCCGCGACCGGCGAGACCGUGGAGGGCGCGAUGGUAAUGCUCGAGACUGGGAGCAGCGUGAUCGAAGAGACUACUCGGACAAUCGUGAGAAUCGGGACGGCAAGGACCGAGACCGAGACAGAGAUAACCGUGGCCGCGACGACAAACGGGACCGUGACCGGGACAACCGAGACAAUCGGGACCGGCGCGAUCGACGGGAGCGUCGGGAUAGCCGUGACAACCGCUCCGGCCGAGACACUCGAAGGUCACGCUCACGCAGCCGACGUCCGUCGGGUGCGGAGCAAGAUGGCCAGCAGGAUGAUUGGCAAUGGCGCGACAAGCGUGCGGAGGGCAACGGCAGCUGGAACUCGGCUUCCCAGGCUAGCAACCGGGAAGGACAAAGCUGGAACAAUCAAAGGUCUGAGACAUGGGGCCAGGAGGAGGCAUGGAACCAACAGAGCAGUAACCAAGAGGAAUGGUGGAACUCAAUGCCCAGGUCCAAGUCUUGGCAGGCGGGUGAUGCAGCCUCUUCGCAAGAGGCGACAUCGGCUGCUGGUGACUGGGGCAAGGGCGACAUGUGGAACGACCAGAGAUGGACUGAGCGGGAUGGCAACCUCCAGAACAAGCGUGGCCGAGAGAUGAGUGGCGAUGGACCAUGGCAGGCCUACGACGGACGGCAGCCCUUGAAGAGGCCGAAGCAGGACUUUGGCGAUGCCUGGAUGAGACCGCAGGACGGCGAGGACAGGGGCAAGAAAGAAAAGAAGGAGAAGAAGGACAAGACGGAGAAGAAGGAGCGAAAGACUCGAACUGGCCGCGACCCGCCUGCGCGCGUGCACGGCAACCAAUGGGAGGUGCCUCGAGAGCAUAUCGGCCUCCAGCUGGUGAAGGAUCGCGCAGACAUGUACAACUGGCAGUAUCCUUUUUGGGAUGACUCCCGCCGAAGCUUCGCCGGGCUCCUGCGCUCACCCUGGACACCGCAGCAGUGCAGCCAGUUCUAUGCCCUGGUUCAGAACGGCACAAAUUGGAUCCAACCUGUUGGCGAGAAGGGCCCCAUGCCGCGGAAGACGGCUUGGCUGGUGAGGAAAGGCUGCGAGUGCAGCUACAGCUAUGGGCCUUUCGAGGUCCCGCCAGCUGAGUUCCCGCCAUGGAUGAUCCAGCUGAUGUCUGAGGUCAUGCCCUUUUGCGGCUUCACGAACGUCGGGGAAUGGCCAGACUGCUGCAACUUGAACUUGUACGAGAGUGGCGGCUCAACUGUGGGCUGGCACUCAGACGACGAGUCCCUCUUCCAAGGCCGGUACCAGGAUGUCACGAUCAUCUCCAUGUCCCUGGGUAAUCCGAGGACUUUCGAGUUGCGAUACCUCUACCCAGAAGAGUCGGAAGAAGCGGCUCGGCUCUAG